ACUUGAUCUGAAAAAUAAAAACGAAAUAUAAACAAUCGUGAAUAACUAGUUAAAGUGGUUGGCUUAGUUUUUUCAAGAUUUUUCAUUGAUUUCGAUUUAAUCUGAUUAGAUACGGAUACCUAGUGUUGGAAGUUCUUUUAUUUAUACAAAACCAGUACCAGUUUCAUUCGUGUGAAAAAAUACUGAAUCAUGGGCAUUCGGCAUUUGGAAACAUUUAUCUACUCACAAGUCCCUAAUGGACACACAGAAGUGAACAUCGCAGAUGAGAUUCGGAAGUACUUCGACAGCGCUGCUGUACCAAAUCCUCCAGCGCCGAUCAUCGUUGUUGAUUUGAUGUCGCUCUAUCAUCCACUUUCGCAUUCAGACCCAGAAGGUUUGCUUUGUGGUGGACGUUUUAAUAAAAUAACUGCUUUGUUGGAAAGCUUCUUUUCCAAACUUACAAAUCUUGGUGCAAAGUUGGUAUUUUUCUACGACGGGCCGGUUCAGGAUAUGAAAUACGAUACCUGGCUGAAGCGUCAGGGUGAUAAGUACAAUCAAUUAAUAGAAAUAAUCGAUUCUGUAGACAAAGGUUUGGAUUUGAAAUCAUUGAUAAAACUUUACGGCAGAAAUAUCCCUGCUCAAACAAAUUAUCCUUUGAGACAGGUAGCGCGAAAACAUGGAAUCUUCAUCACAUCGAUCGCGAAAGAAUGUGACCAGGAAUUGGCUUCCUAUGCUAGCCGUGUUCAAGCACUGGCGCUACUUUCGAAUGACACUGAUUUCAUGAUAUACAAGGGAUUUUGGCGCUACUGGUCGUCGAAAAGUAUAAAUUUUGAAACGUUAUCCACCAUGGAGUAUAACCGGUUGGCACUUGUGAGACAUUUGGGUCUCAAAUUCAAUCAAAUGCCUUUGUUUGCGACGCUAGCUGGAAAUGAUGUUAUACAAUAUGAUGAAGUUCAUCACUUUCAUAGGCGAUUGGGUCGUCACAGAGAAAAAUUCUAUAACCUGGCACGUUUCGUUCAGCAGCAUUCGGAGCGCCGAACAGAACACGAGUUAUGGAAUAUAUUGAGGGAAGUUUUUGGGCGAGCUUCGAAUAAGAAAUUGAUGCAGCGAUUUCGCGAAAGCUUGAACUUUUACACUUUGGAAAAGAAUCAUCCGCAACUAAAUCCAACCGGCGAUGAUUUUCUUGAUUUGCUGUUAAAACAGGAGGACACAUUUUCGUACCAGAUCUAUACCGGCCACCCUUACAACAUAACUACCAAUUUCACUGAUAUGCGCACGAACGAAUUUGGUUCACAGUAUCCAAUACUAGUAGUUCCAGUCAUAUUACGAAAGGCAGGAAUCGUCCUCUACCAUUUGAAGGAACAACAGAAAUUCUCCAGAUGCAGUUUGGUUGUGAAGCUGUUCCACAACACCCCACAUGACUUCCACAAACUCUCGGUGUAUUUUCCUGACCGUAGUGUACCAUUAUAUAUACUUAGAGACCCAACCAUGUCCGCUGAUCUGGAAGACAUCAAGUUGAAACUGUUCUGUUGGAUUGCUUCCGACAAGCUUGACCAUCGAAGUUUCCAACCGGUGCCUGUAAUAUUUCGUCCAACAGUGCUCACGCUGUACUAUCUGAUGGAGAACCGUGUUCUCCAACUGUUCGAAGCGGACCUUUUCCUACAGGUGGCAUACGAUGUAGAAUAUUCAACCUAUGACAUUGAUAACGUUCCAUACCCAAACCGAUUGGAUUCGCGAGCCUUCCGAGUGGUGUUUAUGUAUCAGAAAAUCUAUAAGCAUUUCUCCAGCAGCUACGAUCUGGUAGGACUCAACGGAGACAACUUUUUUGGCCGUUGCCCUAUGUUUGACGGGGUUUUGUUCCACCACCGUUAUUCCGAAUGGAGCAGACAGUGCGGCGAUAUGACGGAGUCAAUAAAGUCAUGGAGAAUUUAUGAAACGUUACAUCAAAAUGAUUAGGCUGAUGUGCAAUGUAUAUUAUAUAUUAUUGAACCAGAUUUCUAGAAUAAAUCUUUCAAAACUGUUUUCUUUGGCACUGCAUAGAAGAAGCUUUCUGUCCUUCCUUACUUUAAUCUCUUCUCAAUUGAUUUUGUCCAAACCACGAUACACCGAUGAAGGAGAUGUAUUUUCGGUGUCCUCAAUCGAAGGUAAAUCUGAUCGUACCCUCUUCUAGGUAGCACCAACCGACGAUAAAGAAUUCUCGUAGACAAACACAUCAAAAUCGUCAUCGAUGAUCUGAAUGCUCAGUACGCAUAAAAGGAGGAGUUCAGACCGCUAAUUGGUAGGUUCAACAGCCAUCCGCGUACCAACGAAAAUUGCCUAAGUCUUCGUAAAAUAUUUUUUUGUUCAAGUGCGAUUUUCGCGCUAACAUCAUGCAUGCAUACAGGUUAUAACUGGUCCGGUAUGUAAAACGUCAAAUAAAAUCGAGGGGAAUUUCAAUAAAUUGUUUGAUUCGCGUUGACAAUGAAAUAGGGGAAAUAGGAUAAACAAAAGGAUUCCAAUGGAAGUUUCGCAUUGAGUGCGACAACAGGUUUGAAAUAUAUUUUGAUGAAAUUAUCAAUGUUUUUGUCAUGCGAAAUCAAUGUCAAUUUUCAUAACAUUUCAAAUCACAUUCGAAUGCCCCUCACAACAAAUCUUCCAUUGAAUAUGGCGUCGAUUGUUCGCAAAAUUCUGCUUUUUAACUCUCCUGUACUCGCGUGCGAAAUCAUAACACGUAUACUCGCGCACGGUGUCACAGACCGAAUUUAACUGCUCUGUAAUGUUGCCAUUGUGUAUUUUUCAGGCUUUACUGGGAAUUUGUUUGAAGAAGAGGGUAUGUUUGAAUGAAAAAACUCCAAAACAUAUGUUUUCUUCGUCUUUUUUAUGCUUUAAUAGUCAUCUAAUUCAGCCACCUCAAAAUAGAGUAAUUUUUGAUACUCCAAUACAAAUAACGAAAUUCGAAUUUUUCACUGUUAUUAAUUAAAAGUAAGCAACUGAAUAUAUUUCAUGGAAGUAUAAAGAACUAUAAAAUAACAUAAAAACGUAUUAAUCGAUUGUGGUUUCAUUGGAGUAAGAAUCAGAACAUAGCAUAACUGCAUGCUCGAAACAAAAAUAUUUUUUUACAUUUCAUGCAGUUGUUGCGUGUUUUCCGGGUCUUUUAUUGAAGAGAAGAAUGAAUAACGACCUUCUAGAUAAUUACCAGCUGAUAAAGGUUCUGGAAUAUAAAAUACGCAUUUUCUAAUAUUCUUUGUCUUGGUAAACUUAGAAUUAAUGCAAUUUUUUAAAUGAUGCAGAAAAAGAUGAUAUAAAAAGAUUUUUA